UUAGGGCAAAUUUCCUUCCCACUCAGCCCCCCACGGUCGGACGGCCGCGGCUCUUUCUCUGAACACGCCCGCCUGAGCCGUUGAGGAGGAGAGGAUAGAGCCGAGUCGAGGGGGAGACUAGAGCGUAGUGCAGGGCAGGAGGAAGGGCAGAUGCUAGAGCGUCCCUACGCACACGUCGGGAGAGGGUAGUAGACCAGCGGAUGUGACGCAAAACGGCCGGUUCGGCAAACCGCUUAACGGUUCGGGUUGUUCGUUUGUUUUUGCAGGAGGAGGGGCUGUGACGUUAAACCUCCAGGGUGCCUAGAGCGACGCAGGAAACGUGGCUCCGGCCAACGAGGGACGGGCCAGAGCGGCCGCGGAAAGGACCGGUGUUGGAAAAUCCUGCCUCUUGUUACAGUUUACAGAUAAGCGGUUCACAGCUGUCCAUGACUUGACCAUAGGUGUAGAGUUUGGUGCACGGAUGGUCACCAUUGACAACAAAAAGAUCAAGCUGCAAAUUUGGGACACGGCUGGCCAGGAAUCCUUCCGCUCCAUCACUCGCUCAUACUACAGAGGGGCUGCCGGAGCUCUGUUGGUGUAUGACAUCACCAGACGGGAAAGCUUCAACCAUUUGUACACCUGGCUAGAAGAUGCUCGGCAGCAUUCCAGCUCCCACAUGGUGGUCAUGCUCAUCGGCAAUAAGAGUGACUUGGAGAAUCGGCGAGCUGUACGGAAGGAAGAAGGUGAGGCUUUUGCCCGGGAACACGGCAUGGUUUUCAUGGAGACCUCUGCAAAGACAGCAUCCAAUGUAGAAGAGGCCUUUCUCCACACAGCUAAAGCCAUCUAUAAAAAGAUCCAGCAAGGCUAUUUUGAUGUUAACAACGAGGGAAACGGCAUCAGGAUCGGCCCCCAGGAACCCACAGGAAGAUCAUCCGCCGGCCACGGUCGUCAGGCCUCUGGAGACCGGUCAGGUUGCUGCUGAAUUUCCCCUGAAGUCCAUCCAGGCUCUUCCGUGUCAUGCUCUCUUUCUCUCUUUCGGUUUCAGGCACCACACUGGGGGCAGGAAUCCUUCAAGCUCACCUUCCCUUGACCUUGUUACAGCCUAUCUCUGCCCUAGAGUUGAUUUUGGCUGGUGGCUGUUGGGGUGCUAGUAGUAACUCUUCCAAAAGCCUCUCAUUUGAGGACCUCUCUUCACUCCCUCGUAGGCGAAUGCUGCUUCCAGGUUCCCUCCUCCACCAAUCUGUGCCUUUCCUCCAGCAGUUUCCUCUUCUAAUGUUGGAGCUAUCCAUUGCCCACACUUUGGGUUCACAGACGCCUUGGCAGAGGAGCUGGGGAGAGUGUAAUCCAGGCUAAUUUAACCAAUCUUAGAUUUUAAGAUCUACUGCACUGUUGUUUCAGCUUUGUAUUAAAUAUUUCCAUGUUUGACAUUA